CCUAUGCGUGUAUUUAAGAACUGGAUUUGUUUGUUGCACAAUUCCCCAAAACGGAGCUACGACGAACAAAUCGAGAUCGAUUGGUUCAAUCUGACUUUAUUUGCUAGGCCUAUUAUUUUCAAAUUCCUCUAAAUUUUAGCAUUGAAAAUGGAGUCUCAGCAGGUCACACCUGGAUCCAUUGCCAACCCGGUAAAAUUUGGGGGCCAGGACUAUGUAGCUCUCCUAGAUGCGUGCGUUAAAUCCGGUUCGCUGUUCUCUGACCCAACCUUCGCCCCGGACCAGAGCUCCAUCGGUAUGCCUACCGACCCAGACCCCAAAAAGGAGAUCACGUGGCUGCGACCCAAGGAGAUCAGUGCCAAUGCUGUGUUUGUGGAGGACACGACGUGUACCACCGAUAUCUGCCAGGGCCAGCUGGGUGACUGUUGGCUUCUGGCUGCCCUGUCCUGCCUUACCAUGCACCCCCAUCUUUUUGUCAAAGUGGUACCACCUAAUCAGAGCCUGACAGAAUCCUAUGCUGGCAUCUUCCACUUCGUGUUCUGGCAGUAUGGUGAGUGGGUGGAGGUGGUAGUAGAUGACAGGCUACCUGUACGCGAGGGCCGCCUGCUCUUCAGCUACUCCUGUACCCGCAACGAGUACUGGAGCGCCCUGGUGGAGAAAGCCUAUGCCAAGCUGAUCGGGUCGUAUGGCAGUCUGAAGGGAGGUAAUAUCUCUGAGGCAAUGGAGGACUUCACAGGCGGCAUAGCCUACUCCCUCCCUGUCUCCUCACGCACCCCAAGGGUCAUGUGGAAAGCCCUCUCUGCUGCCCUGUCCCGUGGCAGCCUGCUCAGCUGCUUCAUACAGGCUAGUAACUACCGUGAGAUAGGCACAGUGACUGCAGAGGGACUGGUGAAGGGCCAUGCCUACGCCAUCACAGACACUGACACGGUGAAGAAGCCGGAUGGUGAGGCCUUGUUGCUACGGCUGAGGAAUCCCUGGGGCUUUGUGGAGUACUCUGGACCCUGGAGUGACAGGAGUAAAGACUGGGACGAUGUGGAUGCUGCUGAAAAGAAAAGGAUUGAGCUGAAAAAGAGUGAGGAUGGAGAAUUCUGGAUGAAUGUGGAGGACUUCACCAGGCUGUUUGACACAGUGGAGCUGUGUAGCGUGAACCCUGAACCCAUAGUGGACGGGGAAACACCCGACUCCCCUGCCGCCCCCACCUCUGCAUGGACACUCAGCUCCCACAAAGGCUCCUGGGUACCGGGCUCCACCGCAGGGGGCAGUCGUAGAUACCGUCGAUCAUUCUGGAAGAAUCCCCAGUUCCAGCUUGUCCUUGCCGAGCAGGACAAGGAAGAAGAAGAUGAUGAUGAUGAUGAUGAAGAUGAGGAUGAAGAGAUGACCCCGGAGGAGAAGAUGGUGGCAGAGAAGCAGAAGAAGAAAGCAAAGCAGUGCACCGUGCUGGUGGAAGUACUGCAGAAAGACCGGAGAAAGAGGAAUAAAAUUAACUUUCUCCACAUCGCCUUUCACAUCUACAGGCUCCAGGGCCUGUGUUUGGACCAGAGUUUCUUCUCUAACCAGCACCCUGUGGGGCGCUCUGGGAAGUACCAGCCCCUCAGGGCUGUGUGGAGGAAGGUGAGGCUGGACCCGGGAAACUACGUGAUCCUGGCCUCCACCUACAGGCCCAACGUGCCUGCGGAAUUCUUCCUCCGCGUCUACUCCAAGACUGGCAACAAUCUGGGGACACAAGACUUCACUUGCUCCACUGGCUUCCUCAUGGUAAUGUCAAUGCCACCAGUCUUGCCAGAGGAUCGCAAGAGAGUACAGAAGACCUUUGAUGAGGUGGCGGGCCCGGAUGACAAGCUGAAUGCUAAGGAGUUCAUGAAGCUGGUUAACUCAGUUCUGGAGAAAGACUACCAGCUGCCACUGGAGACAUGCAGACAGCUCAUCUUUGGAGAGGAAACUGGGGGGCGUAGCAGUCUGACCCGAGAGCAGACAGAGCCUGUGCUGGCCUCUCUUCGCAGUCUGCAGUCCAUCUUCUUCAAGUUUGAUCAGGACUCUUCAGGGACUAUGAGCCCCUUUGAGCUUAGUCUGGCCCUCCAGGCUGCUGGUGUGCAGUGUGAUGGCCAGGUCAUACAGCUGCUGUGGGAGAGGUUUGGCUCUGGGGAGCUGCACCUGCCUUUCCAUGGCUUUGUGGCCUGUGUCUCCAGGCUGCGCAAGCUAUUUGCCUUGCUUAAAUCAGAGAGCAACCCAGAGAUCAAAGGCGUAGAAAUCAAUGCCUGGCUGCUCCGACUCCUGACCGUGUGAGAGUGCUCUGUAAAGGGGGUUCCUGCGUGGGCACUGCAGGGGAAUUCUAUCUGACCAGGAACAUAUGAUCACAUCAUGCCUCCAUAACAUCAUGCCUCCGCGGCCGCCCUCGUCCACACAACACACACACAAACAUCCCCUGGCCUUUGUCAGCAUACGAUACCCCGCUGCUAUAGGAACUGUCACAUUAGCAGUGUCGGAAUAACAGCCUCAAAGCAGUAUGCGAUGACGAUGUCACACAGCACAUUAUAUUCUACUAUAAUGUACAGCGCUGUCACUCUCUACUGCCAUAUUGUGUUAUAGUGCUUUACAUGUAUUUACAUGGAGUUACACCCCCUCCAACCUGGCACCUACUACCAUACCCCGUUCAAAGGCACUUCAAUCUUUUGUCUUGCCCAUUCAACCUCUGAAUGGCACAUAUUACACAAUCCAUGUCUCAGUCUCAAGGCUUACAGAUCCUUCUUUCACCUGUCUCCUCCAACUAAUCUACACUCAGUGUAUAUCAGCUAUUUCAGCUAAGUAUUUCCAGUAUUCCUGUUAUAUAUAUUCAGUAUUACAGCCAAGUAUUCAUGUUCCCUCUUUCAUCGUUUGACUUUUAAAUAGUGAAAAUGUAGUUAAACUGUUGAAAAUUAUCAUAAAAUGUAUCCCAAAAUAAAAAUCUGCUUCGAUAAUGUAAAAUUAUUU